AUGGCCGUUUGCAUGCUCCUUGCAGAAGCAAGAAUUGGCUUGGCUGCCCAGGGAUGCCUGGUGAUAUUCUUCACUAAUUUCCUGGCCCUGAUGAUCAAGGCCAACGUGGCCAGCCCGGACUCUAGGGGCUGCGAGGUAUACUCGGUCGUCCUGAUCAUCGUCAACGUGCUCUUCUUCCUGUCCAUCUUCUGGAAUACCUUGGCCGCAGCUAAGGCCUCCUUCAGCAGACGACACGUGCAGGACAUGGUACUGGGAGUCGAUAUCGUCAACGAGAAACAGCUGGACAAGAUCAUCGGCCCCAAGAAGACCAAGGUCAAGAAGACAAAGCAGCAGAAGCUCGAUGACGCCCUCGGUCCCGAUGACGGUGCCGGCUUCGCUAAGGCCGUCGAAGACGGGAAGAUGGAAGACCUUGAGGCAGCCCCCGCCUGGGAGGUGGACCCGGACGACCCUCCCGACUCGCCCAUCGACAUCAGCAGCAGGGGGGGGGUGUCGCAGCCGUUUGCGUGGGGCGGCGGAGGGGGGCCCGCGACCGGCGGUGGGGGGGUAGCAAUAAACGCCGGGGCACUCGGUGCGGAGUCGUUGCUGUUGGCGGAAGGGACGGAGUGA